AUGGACCUAUCUACUAUCAAUGACUUCCUUUUGAAUCCUGUCUUCCACGAUUACCUCGCAAUUCUUAAAGGCGCUCGCAAUGGUUUUGUCUAUGGUGUAAAAGUUAGAUUCCCCCAUGCACUCGUGAUGUCGAUAUUAUUUGGGCGCGGAGAUGUAAAGACACGAUUAAAAGUUAUCUAUCGCGCCACGAAACAACACGCUUUUAAUCUUGCCAAAUUCGUAUCCCUUUACAAGACACUUUUGCUGCUCCAGAAGAAAGUGAAUGGUGGAAAAGAACGGAGUGCAGAUACGUUUAUUGCAGGCCUCAUUGGUGGAUUUCUCGUGUUUGGAGAACGAACGGCGGUCAAUGAACAGAUUGUUUUAUACGUGAUAGCUCGCGUAGUAGCUUCGUUCAUACCUCGAGCUGGAUCUCCAUAUUCGUCUUCUCCACAAUCGCCAAGGGCUACUGCACUUGUAAAACCUGUGCCUCCCAAUCCUCAGUAUUUUGCUGUACUAGCUGCAGUUUCAUGGGGUGCCGUUAUGUGGUUAUUCAAAGAGAGAGGCGAAACAAUACAGCCAGGAAUGUUCAACUCGAUGACAUAUUUAUAUCGGGAUUCCGAAGUUUGGAAAAACCUCAAGACUCUGCUAUGGCACAAUACUUAA